GCACUCCGAGAAAACCUGGAUCGCUCUGGAAAGUUGAGGAAACUUAAAGCUCAAAUGAGAGCGGAUGUCUUCGCUGCGCUGGCAGAUCAGAAGGCCAUGCCGCAGCUAUCAAACGAGAACCUUAUAAUCAAUGAGCUGAUUCGGGAGUAUUUGGUAUACAAUAAAUACCGCGGGACAGUGGCGGUGUUCUUGCCAGAGUCAGGGCAGCCGGCUGUGCGUCCCUUCGAUCGUGCUUUCCUGGCGUCACACCUCAAUGUCCCCGAGGGGCCCAACUCGGCACAACUGCCGCUGCUGUACUCCCUGGUUGAACUGGCUGCGAAGGGGCGGACGCAGCCACCUCAAGCCAAGUGA